AUGUCCGCGACAAACGAUCCGCCGAAUCCAGCACCGGGUGCAGGUCAGAAGCACCCGAAGCGAUUCUUCUGCGACGAGUGCGGCUCGGGCUUCACGCUGCACUCCAGCCUGAUCAGGCACGCACGGACGUUGCACGCACCCGAUCGGGAGCAGGGCGACGGCUACGAGUGCCGCUACUGCCAUCAGGUCUUCAGCAGGCGCGAUCUGCGGCUGAGGCACAUACGCGAGCAUCACGCGCACGCCCGUACCAAGUCGUGCCGCUACUGCGGCAAGACGUUCGCCCAGGCGAGCUCGAUGCGCUACCACGUGCGCGCCGAGCAUCUCGGGGGCAGGGGCGGAGGCGCCGCCGGCCGUCAGCACCAGUGCGACCAGUGCCAGCGCAGCUUCGUCACGGAGCACCAUCUGCGCGAGCACGAGCGGGUGGAGCACGUGCGGCCCAGGGCUCACCCGUGCCCGGAGUGCGACAAGAGCUAUCCGACCGAGGCCAGGCUCAACAGGCACGUGAGGUCGGCCCACGACGUGCCGCGCAAUCACAAGUGCGGGAGGUGCGAGGCGCGCUUCGUCUACCGGCACGAGCUCAAGAGGCACGAGAAGGUGGUGCACGAGGGCUUCCGCUAUCCCUGCGGCGUCUGCGACAAGGUCUACAUGACGAGGUUCGACCUCAAGGACCACUACAAGUCGGCGCACAUGGGCAGAAAGGAGUGGGAGUGCGACCACUGCGGCAAGCGCUUCGGCCGCAAGAAGAUCAUGCGCACGCACAUAAUCCUGGUGCACAUCGAGGCGAGCACAGAGUGGCCGUGCAAGUGCUGCGAGACCGUGUGCGCCAGUCGCGACGAGCUGGAGCAGCAUCACCGGGACGCCCACAUGGCCGCGACGGAAGAGUCGUGGGCCUGCAAGCAGUGCGACCAGAAGUUCAACGAGAAGAGGUUCCUGAUCAGGCACAUCAGGCGCUUGCACAAGGAGCGCGCGUCGACGUCCGGCCUGGCCGCCGCCGGCAGCAGCGCCGCGUUCCCCUGCGACCUCUGCGAGAAGCAGUUCGCCAAGAAGUUCGACUGGACCGAUCACCAGAGGCGCGAGCACAUGAGGGGCCAGGAGUGGUGCUGUCCUCGCUGCGACAUGCGCUUCGCCAGGAAGGAGAGACUGGUCAAGCACAAGGGCACGGCCCACGACGGCGUCACCUAUCCCUGCGAGAUCUGCGGCAGGCGCUACAGGGCCAAGUACGAGCUGGCGCAUCACAUCAAGUCGAUCCACCUGAACAAGUCCGACUGGAGGUGCGAGAUCUGCGACAGGGACUUCAAGAUGAGGAGGUACUUGGUGAACCACAAGAGGAACGUCCAUAAGAUCAACGAUUGA